AGAAACAUCAUCGAUCAUCAACGACACCAACAACAUCAACGUUUUCCAUUCCCACCGUCCCACACCAAACACCAACACGAACACUACUUAACCUAACCAUAACACCUCUCUCUCUCUGAAAUCUUUUAAAAACAACAUUAUCGUCUCAACAACAUCGUCGUUGUUGUGAAUCUGCACUACACGCGUCAACACAGCAUCAAGAAAAGACCAUUUCAAAUUCAAUCUAAAGUGCAGCAUUUAUUUCUGCCUGGAACCCUGAUGCAAUCUAUCAGGAAGUCCUUCAAAUCUUAUGGUUCCUUCAAACAGUCAAAAAGGUUUUCCGGCGCCGGAAACCCCGAUUCCGACCACGAGCAGCUACCCAUUCUCCUCGAGCAAGAAAGGAACCGCCACAACGCAAUGCCGGCCGGCGACUACGUCGUCAAAAUCGACGAUGCCGCCAAUCCAUCCCAGGCCAACAAGAUUUGGCGCGACUCGAGCUACGACUUCUGGAGGGGCGAAGCCUCCUCCUCCGCCGCCGCCGCCGCCACUGACCAGAGUUUUGAUUUCCGGCAGACGGAGGACCCGCCGUCGCAGCUGAUUGGGCGGUUCCUCCACAAGCAGCGGGCCUCCGGUGAGAUGCAGCUGGACAUGGAUUUGGAAAUGGAGGAGCUCCAGCAGGACGGCGUCGAAGGAAGGUUGACGCCGGUGGAGGAGUCUCCGGUGAACUUUCGCAAUUCCAGGGAGCUGAAGGUCUCCUUCGAUGAACCCCUUCCCAAUACGAAUCUCCUCGAACAGCAGAACGACACCUUCAGAAGAAGGCACAGCAAGGAAGCGUCGACGAUGGCGGACUUCCAACGCCCUCCGCAUCCGCCGCAGCACGAUCAUCGCCGCUCCCCUUCGCCGUCGCCUGUUGAGGAUGGCGAGGUCCUUCGGUGCACCUCGAACGCUUCCUUCGAGAGAAACCUCUCCAUGCAGAGAAAAUCCGCGUUGUUGAAGGCCAAAACGAGAUCCAGGUUGCUGGACCCGCCAGAGGAACCCGAGAGAAAAUCGGGUCGGGUCGUGAAAUCGGGUCAGCUCCAGUCCGGGAUUUUAGGUAAAAAGGGUGAUGAGGAAGACGACGAUCCGUUUUUGGAAGAGGAUUUUCCCGACGAGUUUAAGAAGACUCAUUUCAGCCUCUGGAUUCUUCUGGAGUGGGUGAGUUUGUUUUUGAUCACUGGGUUUCUGAUAGCCACCCUCUGCAUUCCCUUUCUGAGGGAGAAGCAUCUGUGGCAGCUUAAAUUGUGGAAAUGGGAGGUUAUGGUUCUGGUUUUGAUCUGUGGGAGAUUGGUUUCCGAUUGGGUUAUUAGGAUUGCCGUCUACUGCAUCGAGAGGAACUUCCUCUUGAGGAAGAGGGUGUUGUAUUUUGUGUACGGUGUGAAGAAAGCGGUUCAGAAUUGCGUUUGGUUGGGACUGGUGCUCAUUGCAUGGCAUUUGUUGUUUGACCAGAGGGUGCAGAGGGAGACAAACAGUAAUUUCCUGGAGUAUGUUAACAAGGUGUUGGUGUGUUUCCUUGUGGGGACUUUGGUGUGGUUGCUCAAGACUCUCAUGGUGAAGGUGUUGGCAUCUUCUUUCCAUGUGAGCACGUACUUUGAUAGGAUUCAGGAGUCACUGUUCAAUCAGUAUGUGAUUGAGACGCUCUCGGGGCCUCCAUUGGUGGAGAUUAAGAAGGCCGAGGAAGAGGAAGAGAGGCUCGCCGAUGAGGUUCAGAAGCUGCAGAAUGCUGGGGUUACCAUACCCCCUGAUCUUAAGGCAACUGCUUUUUCUAACAUGAAGAGUGGGAGGUACAGGAGUGGAGUGCUGGCCAAGAGCCCCAGAGCUAAGAGCGGAAAGUUUUCGCGGCCUCUUUCUAAGGGCGCUGACGAUAAUGUCAUCACCAUUGAUAACCUCAAUAAGCUCAAUCCCAACAAUAUCUCUGCCUGGAAUAUGAAAAGGUUGAUGAACAUGGUCCGGCAUGGGGCUCUUAGCACCUUGGAUGAACAGAUACUUGAUAGCGCCAAUGACGAUGAGAACGCCACGCAGAUCAGAAGUGAAAACGAGGCAAAAGUUGCUGCUAAGAAAAUAUUUCAUAAUGUUGCUAGGCGUGGCUGCAGGUUUAUAUACCCGGAUGACUUAAUGCGAUUUAUGCAAGAAGACGAAGCUGCAAAAACCAUGAAUCUCUUCGAAGGAGCAUCUGAUUCUGGGAAAAUAAGCAAAGCUGCCUUGAAGAACUGGGUGGUCAAUGCCUUCAGGGAAAGGAGAGCGCUCGCUUUGACACUAAAUGACACAAAAACGGCAGUGAACAAACUUCAUCGAAUGCUCAAUUUUAUAGUUGGAAUUGUUGUACUGAUUAUUUGGCUCUUGAUAUUGGAACUUGCCACCACCAAAUUUCUUGUCUUUUUGAGUUCACAGAUUGUCUUGGUUACAUUUAUAUUUGGAAACACCUGCAAGACCAUAUUUGAGGCAAUUAUUUUCCUAUUUGUCAUGCACCCAUUUGACGUGGGAGAUAGAUGUGAAAUUGAUGGGAUUCAGAUGAUCGUAGAAGAAAUGAACAUCUUGACAACCAUAUUUCUGAAAUAUGAUAAUCAUAAGGUGAUCAUCCCUAACAGUGUCCUUGCUACCAAGGCUAUAUUCAACUAUUACCGGAGUCCUGACAUGCAAGAUAUUAUCGAAUUCUACAUACAUGUAUGCACCCCAGUUGAAAAGAUUUCACUUAUAAAACACAGAAUAAGCAGUUUCUGUGACAACAAGAAGGAGCACUGGUAUCCUUCACCUACUGUAGUAGUGAGGGAUCAUUUAGACAUACACAUGGUGAAAAUGGCUAUCUGGCCCAAUCAUAGAAUGAACUUCCAAGAUCAGACAGAAAGGCAUAACAGAAGAUCCCUUUUGCUUGAAGAGUUGAUCAAGAUUUUCAGGGAACUCGACCUUAAUUACCGCUUACUGCCCCUGGACGUUAACGUCAGAGCCGUGCCUACCUCCUCUGAACGGCUUCCACCUAGUUGGCAAUCGACUCCAAGUUGAGCAGAACCAAAUUCAUGCAAUUCAAAGCCCCAUUUUGUGUGGAAUACCCGAGGCAUUAACUGCUAGGAUAGCAUGUGUAAAGAAAAUGGCUUUGGUUUUUCUUAGUUAGAUUAGUUUCACAUGUACCAAGCUUAGUCUGUACCUAUGAAGCAUGUCUAGGCACACGCAUGUAGUAGAUUUCGUGAAAUCAGUAGUAGUAAUCGCUACCUUGUUUAUACUUUCACUGUCAAAGUUCCCUGUUUCUAUCUUAUGAACUCACGCGUUUCAAAAUUCUCAGAGCUUGCAAUGCACUUAUUUUGAAGAUA